CUCAGUUCGUAUCACGUUAUGGUUACUUUACCCCAUCUCCCGAUCCAAAGUCGCCAAUCUUAUUUCAGAAGGACUUCGACCUAGAGACUGGCAUUCUCUCCGUCAAACGGUUGAGGUUUUCAUGGGGCCAGUGAUUGCUCCACUUUCAACUUAUCUCAAACCUUCGGCCAUGACCCCUCUCUUGCGGGAAUUUGCCGCAUAAAGUCUUCGCUUAAUCGACCCAAAGUUAUCUAACUAUUGAUUGUCAGCUCGGGCAUGAUGGCUAUAGAGAAACCUAAAGGCACUGCGGCGGGCACGACAGUCUUGCACCACAAAUCUAAUAAAUCCAAAUCCAAACGCCCUAGAGGUCCCUCCGCCACUUCCGAUGUCCCAAAAAUUCAGUUGAGGGACGAGACAUUCCGCAUCGGCUAUACAGAGCUUUUAGACCCCCUCUAUAUCUAUUUCGACAAACGCGGCAAGCCUACCUUAAUGAAUUCCCACAGAAAACAAGUCACGUUCGAUGCAGUGAGACUGUCGAAACGAUAUCUCGGCGCUAAGAACAUGCGAGCGCUUGUGGCUGGAGUGAAGGCUAGUGUGGCGGAAAAAGCGGCCCUUUCAGGCGAGAUUUAG